AUGCCCGUUGAAGGUUAUAGGGUUAGGGUUAAACUAUCCAAGUUCUACAUAGUGCGUGGUCCGACGCGCCCCCGUCCGAUUUUCUCCGUCCCUGAUUGGCCGCCCGUGCGUGCUCCCGCUCCCGCCUCCGCGUGCCCGCAGUGGGGCCCGGUCACAGUCGAGCUCCCUCUUCCUCUUCCCUUCUCAUAUCUCAUGGCACAGAUGCUGGUGGUACAGCAGGCAGUUCAGAUGGCCGAGGAUGGGCAGGUGGAGCACCCUGCAGAUGCGCUGGAUGCCAUGCGUGAACGCUUCCUCCUCCCAGGAGUGGCUGCCCCCUUUGGCUGGGUGACCCGGCUGCGGACAUUCGGCAAGCGAGUGCAGAACACCACCACGAGUCUAGGGUAUGUCUACUGGAGCGAUGACCAGCAGACUCUAAGCUACAGAGAGCUGCAUCUAAGCAUAGCAGGGCUCCGGCGCUUCGUGCGCACGCAGGUGGAGCUGACACAGCACAAGCUUGAGCAGCUCUUUCUUGUUCAUGAAGAGGAAGCACGGGAGGUGGUAGUGCCACGCCUGGUGCUGGCCCAGCUGGCGGACAGCCCUACAAACAAUCAGCGCGGCUGGAACUUCCUUCGAGCACCGCAGAACUGCAAGGCCCUUCCAACCACAGGGGAGCGAUGGCUGCUGGACCGAGUCCUCACAACAGACAGGCUCCGGGCAGAGUGGGUAGCUGUACGGCCAUCUGAUCAUCAGGUGGUCUGGGACACAGCAGUGGUAGAUGACUAUCUGCAGCAGGUGGAUGGAUUUCUUGAGCAGCUGCUUCUUGUGGUUCAUCUCACUGGGGGCCAGCCUGCGCGGGCCACAGAGCUGCUCAGCAUACGGCACAGUAACACGGUCUGCGGCCGCCACCGCAGCAUUUUUAUUGAACAUGGGCUGGUGAGCAUGGUGACAACCUAUCACAAAGGCUACAGCAUGACCAACUCCACAAAGAUCAUCCACCGCUAUCUGCCAGCAGAGGUCAGUGAGCUGGUGGUGUACUACCUCUGGCUGAUUCUACCUUUCGCGCGGGCGGUCCAGCGGCUUGCAUAUGGAGACAGUGAUAGCCAAGGGGGGCUGCGGUCACCAUUUCUCUGGCCGCGGGGGCAUGGACCGUGGGACAGCAGCCGGCUGCGGGUGGUGCUUCAGCGCGAGGCAAAGACACACCUCCAGACCAAGCUCAAUGUAAUCCCUUGGCGGCAUGCCGCCAUUGCCAUCUCGCGUAUGCACCUGUCCUGUGGAGGGUUCAAGCGGGAAUAUGAGGCAGAUGAUGCGGCAGUAGACCAGCAGGCAGGCCAUGGAUCCUGGGCUGCAGGUACAGUAUAUGCGCGGGGGCUGCAGGAGGCACCAGGCCACAUUGAGGAACGGCGUGUGCGGUACCAGGCUGUCAGCCGGGAGUGGCAUGAAUUCCUGGGGUUUAACCCGGGGGUGCGAAAGCGGGCACGGAACAUGGAAAAGAGCGUUAGCAGAAAAGCUCAAAAACAGCAGCCAUCAUAUGUAACAGUAGAAAUAGAUGACAACAUAGAGCUAUAA